CUGUGUAUACUUAGAUUAUACAAUGUUUUUGACUAAGUGCUGGCCCUAUUUUAUAUAUAAUCGCCAAAGUGAUUUAUUGGGGCAAAGAGACCUAAUACUAAGACCGAGCCGGUCCAUGGUCCAAUGACAUGCACACCUAUUGCGUGUCGUGACCGCGCUCCCUGCACAGUGAACGCGCACAGCUUGGUCACCGCUGCUACCAGGCUACUACAGACAUGGCUGCCUUCAGCAAGAUACCGCACAACUGCUACGAGAUCGGUCAUACGUGGGACCCGUCGUGUGUGCGGUCUGCUGUGGCAGUAACCAGGGGAGCUCUGGAGGUCUCCUUCAAGAUAUACGCCCCGCUUUAUGUGAUAGCAGCCAUCCUAAGGAGAAAGAAGAGAGAUUACUAUAUUAAAAGGCUUCUUCCUGAGAUCCUAUGGUCUACCUCUUUCCUCACUGCCAAUGGAGGUCUCUACAUUGUUUUCUUCUGCAUUCUCAGGAAACUGUUUGGAGGAUUCUACUCCUGGUCAUCUGGUUUUGGUGCAGCACUCCCUGCCUCAUAUAUCGCCAUUCUUAUUGAGCGCAAGAGCAGGAGAGGCCUGCUGACAAUAUACAUGACAAACCUGGCCACUGAGACCUUGUUCCGCAUGGCAGUGACACGAGGCAUCAUCAAGCCCCUGAAACAUGGCGAGGUGCUCUUGUUCUGUUUAACUGCAUCGCUCUACAUGUUCUUCUUCAGGUGUAAAAAUGGUCUCAAUGGCUUUGCAUUUUCUGCAUUAAAGUUCAUUGUUGGGAAGGAAGAGAUUCCCACUCACUCAGUCUUGGCAGAGCAAAAUUAUCCUAAGCCCCCAGAAAGGAUAGCUGCGAUAGAAACUGAGGAGUCACAGGGGUCAGCAGAAAGUCCUGCAUCCAGGAGGAAAACACUGCUUGCUUUUACCAGAGAGCUGCUAGAGUCAAUAUGCAAGCGUGGCCCCAGACAUAGAUGUUGUAAACAUUACCAGGACAACUGCAUUUCCUACUGUGUCAAAGGUUUUGUCAGGAUGUUCAGUGUGGGCUACCUGAUUCAGUGCUGCCUUAAAGUGCCUGCAGCAUUCAGGCAGAUGUUCUCCAAACCCUCUCGGCUCCCCUCUCUCUUCUACAACAAAGAGAACUUCCAGCUAGGGGCCUUCCUCGGCUCUUUCGUCAGUAUCUACAAGGGAACAAGCUGUUUCUUACGUUGGGUGCGUAACCUUGACGAUGAACUCCAUGCACUCAUAGCUGGUUUCCUGGCUGGUAUCUCAAUGUUCUUCUACAAAAGCACAUCAAUAUCCAUGUACCUGUUCUCUAAGCUGGUGGAGACCAUGUACUUCAAGGGCAUUGAGGCCGGCCACUUCCCUUACUUUCCUCAUGCGGAUACAGUCAUAUACGCCAUCUCUACUGCCAUCUGUUUUCAAGCUGCUGUGAUGGAAGUGCAGAACCUCAGGCCAUCAUACUGGAAGUUCCUCCUGCGGUUAACUAAGGGCAGGUUUGCUCUGAUGAACCGACGGGUGCUAGAUGUGUUUGGGACCCAGGCCUCCAGGGACUUUAAAGGUUUUGUGCCCAAACUGGACCCCGGUUACACCACUGUGCCCAGCCAAACAGUGCUUCCACCUGGAGCCGACAUCCAACUGGGUUGAUUUGGGACCAGGCCCAGAUUACAGGGGCAGGGGGGUGGGAUUACUUACGAAAAUCCCACCAACACCCUCGGCCUCAGGGUAACUUGGAAAGAAAGCGGACAGCUUGGCAUUAAUAUGGAGCAGCUUGAGGAUUCUUUUUACAAGUGUUAUAGCAGCUCAGAAAUGGUGAUUUGGUGUAAUCAAAUGGGAUAUGACCAUAACAAGCAAAGAUGUGUCCAAAGCAGGCUGUCUUGAAUGGUGUCUGUGAUGUGCCUAGCACAUGCACACUUACAAAUUGUGAUUGAACGUAUACAGAUAACUGCUAAAAUAAAGCAAACACCAGAGUUCCUGAAAAAUGCCAAGUAAGUUGAAAGAAGGUGAGAUGCAUUUUUAAGUUGAUGUGAAACCUGUGGGAAUGCAAGGAAAAUACCAAUAAUUGCAAAGCUGUCAGUAUUACCCCAGAGUGAUUAAUUUGUAAAUAUUUGUAAGAAUUUUGCAGGAUAACAUCUACAGGGCACAUUGUAGUAAUAAUAGUUACAUUUGUGCAGCACUGAAGACAGUGAUAAAUCAUUAAAUGAACCUUCAUAAAACAUGCAAAGUGAAUCCUGAUAAGGCCUGUAAGGCUUGUUGAAAUAAGUGAGAUUUUUUUUUUUUUUUUCUAGGAGAAAAAGGUGAGCUUGACCUCAUUGCUUGGGACAACAAAACAUAAUAAGGCACCUCAAUAUGUAAUUUGUACAUCAAGAGCAGUUCCACACUGGAGAGUGUCACUGAAAAAUGACAAAAUUAAUAUGUAACAGCAUUCCUUUCAUGGUAAUGUUUCUUUAUUUUGCAGGUUACCUGUAGUUGACAAACUCUGCUUGGUCUUUGAGGUUGUUGUAAUUGCCUUCAUUUCAGAGACUGAAAUUCACUAACUGACCAAUAUUCUUAAAUCUUUUAAAAUACCAAGAUACCUGAUUUUCACUCUGAUUUAAGAGAAGAAACAGUCAGAGAUCAUUUUUGAAUGUGGACUUGUGUCAUGACAGAAUCGGUACAGAACUCAUGAAAUAUAUACAUAUGUAGCCUUAUUAAAACUUUUAUUCCAUGGCAGACAAUGAGACGAAGUUCAGUUUGUGUUCAUGCUGCUGCUGGCCAUUGUGAUUCCUAAUAUUCACAUUUAAGCACAGACCUGGAAAGUAACUACUUUUAACUAGUUACUGUACUUGAGUUUUAAUUAUUAUUAUUUUAAAUAUUUACUCCGAGUUUUACUUUUAGACAUGAUAAUAAUGAGUCGAAUGAGAUUUGUCAUUUUAGAUAAACAGUCAGUCUGGGUCUCAGACACAUAGGUAUUUUUAUUGUUGCAGGUAAGAGGAAGCAUGUAACUCAUCAAAUUAUAUGCAAAGGCCAUCCCAAAUUUGGUAGUUGGUUAAUUUUAGGGGGGAGAUAAUAAAAUAAAAUGAAGCUAAGGAAAUAUACAGUAAAUAAUUGUUUACUAGUAAUUGCGGAUUUGCUUGCUUAUUAGAAAACCAUGUUGAAAACAAGGAGUGGACACUUGCGUCUUAGGGUCUUUGUUCACCUUUGGUAUAUGGUUAAAAUUUCUGAGCUACAAUGAAGACCCAGACUGACUGCAGAAAGACAAGCCUUUGAGAAAGUGCUAGUUUGUGAUGAAUAAGCUGUAGAUGCUCAGCUGACAUUGUGAAGGACAUUGUUUAGGUGUCAUAGAAUUCAUUGUGUGAUCACUUAUUUUCAAAUGGUGUUUAAAAUCAAAGCUCUGAGCCAGAAAAUAUCGCUGUUCCUUGAAGUCAUACUUACAGCCGACUAGCUCCAUCUUUUCCAAGUCUUCAUCUGUGGAGCUUUACAUUAGUUUGACAACUUUUAGGAUGACAGAAACUCCUUUUUCUGUGCAUCAACUAAUACAGACCAAACUUCGCAUGGUAAUAAUACAUUUAUAUGCCUGAACACAGUUUGAAAGGAAAGUGUGUCACAUGAGCUUUUAAAAAAAUGUAGAAAUUGUGUAAAUUUCAUUUGAUAUGCAGUGUACAUAAAAAUGAAAGUCUAAUUCUGUCUACUUGAGCAUGAACGGUGCAUUGAUUGAAAUGCACAUCAGUUCAAAUGCUAUUUAACUAGGAACAUGGCUGCUAGCUGCUAGUUGUCUGACGGAAACAAAGAAGCCCAGUUCACUGUUAAGGAUUAUUGUUGUGGAAUGAUGAUGUUUGUCUAGGGGGGAUACAUGCGUUUCAAAGUGAUUCUUAGAAAAGUGGAGGGUAAUCCGGCUUUGAAUUACACACUUUGCUGCCCAAGCAAAAUAGUCAACCAGCUGCUCAUGUCACUCCAGGUAUUUCCCAUGGAUAAUGUCAAAUUUCAUUGCUUAACUCAUGCAGUACACUGAGCCUUUUCAGUUUUCUUAGUAUGAGAACUUCAUUCCAGGCACUUGUGAAGAUUAUUGCAGUUAGCUGGAUUGUAAAGUAGUUUAGUUCUGUGUUCUCACUCAUAACCCUUACAUGUGGCGGUCACAUCAAAAUAGUAGUUUGCAUUCAAUUCUUCAACCCAGCUUUAGACACACCUGACCUCCAUACCCCUGUGAGGGGGAAGACAUGAUUGUGAAAAACACCACGACAGAAAUAUAGAUCAAACUGAAGCAAAGAUAAUUUAAAAUGAAGUGAUAUCUAUCAUAUAGAAUUAUAAUCCAUGCUUCAGAUACAACUAAUGCAAAUGUUUGAAAUUUUAUGUGAAAAAAAAAUGUAUUGACUUUAUAUUAAAAUAUUUUGAUGAA